UCCUCCUUCUGUCCAUCGUUCCCACAGAUUCUCGAGUGGUGACAUCAGUGGAAGACUGUAAUGAGUUUUUUCUGCAGCAAAUUCCACCAAACAUCCCAGGAAUUUUGGAGGGAGGGAACAUCCUGGACCAGAACAGAUACAAAGUGAUCUGCCAGACUUUGAGAGACAUCAGGAGGUUUGUGACGCUGUACGACACCAAGAACAGGAUUCCAGUUUUUUCUGCUGCAGAGUACAGAGGGGGAAGCGAGGGAAAAAGAAGUUAUUGGAAGAUUGAACCACAGCUUGAAAACAUAAAUGACAAUGACAAUAUGAUACCAGCAGACAAGAGAAUCACCUACAACCACCAGGCUGGGGACAUUGAUUACUACAAACAGACAGAGUUUGACAGAGGGCAUUUAUUUCCAAGUUUGUAUAAAUCUGAUGAAGUUGACAAAAGAUCUACCUUUACCCUGACUAACGCUGUUCCUCAAAGAAGACAAUUUAACAAUGGUAGGUGGAACAUGAUGGAGAGAUGUGUUAAAUGCAUUCUGGAUAAUUACUGCAUUAACAACAAUGACAAAAAAGAAGGCUUUGUAGUGAUUGGAGCACAGCCCAGCAACGAAAUCCCACUCAACCAAAGGAUAAAUAUUCCUUCAGUGCUGUGGUCGGCAUUCUGCUGCUACAGUCACAGUCAGAACACAUGGCUUGCGAGUGCCCACUGGGGUGAGAACAAAGAUGAUGGCCCGAAUCUGCAGACCAAAACCUUGGGAGAACUCAACACAGAGCUGGGAAUUGAAGCAUUUCCUGGAACACAAUGUCCUAAUGACACAAGUAUCACUCAGCUUUACUCAGAACCUAAGUCACUGUGUCACUCCAAAUGCCGCCAAUCUUGGAACAGAAAGAAGAGUACAUCUACUCCUCCUACAACCACAGCCCUUCAGAUUCAACACCUUUGUCUUCUACAUCCAACUCACCGAUCCCUCCCAGCAACACAUCUUUCUCAUCACCUCGAACAUCUGCCCCACUUUUCCCCACAGUUCCAAAUUACAGUACCACAUCUGGUAAGCAAACAACUGGCCCUCUGGGUACUACAACCAGUGUCUACUGCUGCAACUGUCCAGAUUUCUAGCACAUUUUUCAAAAAGUUUCGAGUAAAUGAGAGUGAUGAGAUUCCUCAUAAGGCUAGUGUCUUGGAGAAUAUCAGAAGCAUUAUUGUGAAAUGGAAGAGCAUCAUCAGUUUUUCUCAGGUUUAUUGGUCAUUUCAUGCUGAUGUUUUUUCUUACCAGAGUCUCUCUAAACAUUGUUCUCUAACAGACACAUACCAUAGACCACAUCACAAUCUAAAUAUUGUUGAUGCUUCAUAAACGA